AUUCGCAAAUCGGUGUCCUGCAUUUUCUCGGCGUAUCCCGAAUUCUCGAAUGCUGCCAAGGCGUAUUUACCAAUUCUUUUCGCCAUCAAAGCACCGGAACAUCCUCCUUUCCCUGUGACUGUAUACUGCCACUGCGUUGAGGAUAUAUCCGAAAAUCCUCCACCAUUGGGGUGGUAUCAGAGAGCAUAUAACUCCGUGAUUAAGCUGAGCCGGAAACUUAAGAACAUUGAUCAGGUUGACGGGAAGCUGAUUAAUAUUGAGGACGAUUCAGUUGUCAGGGAUGAUACUGUUGAAAAGAAAAUGCAAAAGUUCAAGUUGUUAACGAGAGAGUUAGUGGGGAGUCCAUUUAUGCAGCAGUCUUUGAAGAAAAAGUCGGCUACACAUGCCCUGCCUACUGGUUGCUUCGCUAGAUUGAGUGAAAGAGAUUCGAUGACGCUGAAUAAGUUGACGAAAGUGUGUGAACUGCUCAAUAUCCCUAUUCAGCAAAGAAAGAUUGUACGUUACACCGUAUCUACUCAAAUUACACAGAGUCGUAUAUUAAGGAAUACUUUGCUGGAGAUACUGAAUGAAUUGAAUGCUGAGAUGCUGCACAUGGGUGCUACAACACACACAUUACGGAUGGGAGAACAGAUAGUUAACAGUUGUAUGAAGCUUUUUAUGGCGAGUGCAGUUUCUUCAAACCUUGAGUCACCUUCAUGGAUGCGACUUGCUUCCAAUAAAAAGCCUGAUUCUGCGCCAUUAACAUGGGGAGAACCUUUGGAGAUGAUCAUUGAUCUCACUGAGUGCUUGAAGAAUGAGCCGAGACUAGCACCUUAUGUUUCAAAGCUGGAAGCCAUGAAAGAAGGCCUGUAUCAAAUUAAGGAUGUUAUGAUAGAUAUAGACAUUGGCUACAGGCAAGCGCGAGAGCAAGAGUGUCUGGUCCGGAAGAAUCUAUCUCAGAGCCUGGGACAUUCAUCUGAAUGUCUUUUCACUCUCUUGUUGUAUUAUCUGUAUGGUACUGUCAAGAACAUGGAAAUCGAUCUACGUGGUGGUAUUUAUGGGAAAGAGCCUCAGUUUUGCCUGUGUUUCGGAAAAGUUAUGACUUCCAGUGAUGACUAUAUGAUCUGGAGAGGUAUAAAGCAGCUUGAUAGAGCCCUUGGCUUGUGUACGUUUGUCUGGAAAGUGGCAGGAAUGAAGGCGUCUUUAAAGGUUCAAGGACACAUUUGGGUUGUGGAUGCAGAAGAGAGGGUAAUUGAGUACAGAAUGAACUCAUACUUCGUUCAUAGAAUCGAAUUGUGAUUCAAUUUUGUUUUGGAAAUGAGGAAUAGGUUUAUGACAAUAACACGAGAUUAGCUUAGACAUUUUUGGAAUUGUCUUACCAGUAAAAGUUUAGAUUUAGAUGCCUAAAUUCUGUAUGGAAAGGAAGAGAAACGAUAUGUGUAGCAAAUGGCAGACGUUCUCUAUUGAUUUCUCAUAA